AUGUCUGCUUCUAUCUAUCUAUCUAUCUAUCUAUCUAAGUCAGUUCAUAUCUAUCUACUACAAUCUAUCUAUCUAUCUAUCUAUCUAUCUAUCUAUCUAUCUAUAUAUCUAUCUAUCUAUCUAUACUACAAUCUAUCUAUCUAUCUAUCUAUCUAUCUAUCGAUAUUCAUAUCUAUGAGACUACAAUCUAUCUAUCUGUCUGUCUGUCUAUCUAUCUAUCUAUUUAGUUCAGCCCGUUCAUAUCUAUCUCAUUCUGUUCAUAUCUAUCUAUCUGUCUAUGUAUCUAUCUAUCUAGUUCAGUCUGUUCAUAUCUAUCUUAUUCUGUUCAUAUCUAUCUAUCUAUCUAUCUAUCUAGUUCAGUCUGUUCAUAUCUAUUUUAUUCUGUUCAUAUCUAUCUAUCUAUCUAUCUAUCUAUCUAUCUAUCUAGUUCAGUCUGUUCAUAUCUAUCUUAUUCUGUUCAUAUCUAUCUAUCUAUCUAUCUAUCUAGUUCAGUCUGUUCAUAUCUAUCUUAUUCUGUUCAUAUCUAUCUAUCUAUCUAUCUAUCUAUUUAGUUCAGCCCGUUCAUAUCUAUCUUAUUCUGUUCAUAUCUAUCUAUCUGUCUAUCUAUCUGUCUAUCUAUCUAUCCUGAUUAUUCUCAUCUUAGCCCGGAAGGUGAAAAAAGAUCCAUUAUACUUAUCUCGCUAUUUCUCCGCAUCUCUUUGCCCCCCCUCUCUCUCUCGCUCUAAUUCUCUCUCUCUCUCUCUCUCUCUCUCUCUCUCUCUCUCUCUCUCUCUCUCUCUCUAUUUCUCUCUAACGGCUGAUAAGAUACCAGAAGAUUUAUAA